ACUAAAACACUGUGGUGUUACAGAAAGCAUUUGUUUUAAUUUGCGUUUUAAUAGUUUUAGACAAAUCAUUGUGUGAUAUUUAAUCAUUCCAAUGUCAAUUGACCCAAGUUUGUUAAAUUAUAAUUGAUUUUAGGAGUCAUGUUUAUUCAUAGAGAAUUUCACAUUUUUUAAAUUACUCUUAUAUCAAUAUAUGGUUUUUGUACCAUAGGACUUGAAAUGAAAAGAAAGCAAUGUGCCACGCAGAGGAAUAUUUCACAAAAUCAAAACAUUGAAAACAUUUUGGAUAGUUUGACAUUUUGUGGACUGAGAAAGAAGGAGGUGGUGACUAUAGUCAAAGUUUUGUUGCAGAUUCCAAGGAUUGUUCAUCAGAAAAGUUCCUCCCUGAUCCUGUUCCUUCCAGUAAAGAUGGAGGUGAUGAUAACAGUCACAGUUUUGUUGUAGAUUCCGAGGAUUGUUCAUCAGAAGAAGAGUUCCUCCCUGAUCCUAAUCCCUCUAAUAAAGAUGGAGGUGAUGAUGACAGUCACAGUUUUGUUGCAGAUUCCAGGGACGGUUCGUCAGAAUAGUUCCUCCCUGAUCCUAAUCCCUAUAGUAAAGAUGGAGGUGAUGAUGACAGUCACAGUUUUGUUGCAGAUUCCAAGAACUGUUCAUCAGAAGAGUUCCUCCCUGAUCCUGUUCCUGCUAGUAAAGAUGGAGGUGAUGAUGACAGUCACAGUUUUGUUGCAGAUUCCGAGGAGUGUUCAUCAGAAGAAGAGUUCCUCCCUGAUUCUAAUCCCUCUAGUAAAGAUGACAGUCAUUCAGAUAGUUUUGUUGGAGAUUCUGAUUGUUCCUCAGGAGAAGAAGAGUUCCUCCCUGAUCCUGAAACCUGUAGUAAAGGACCACCACAGGCCUCAAUUUUUCACAAUAUUUAGCUGCAUCCGGCAGUAGAAGACAAGCUUUGCUGACAUACAUUAGAAACAAGGGAAAUCAUCAGCAUAAUUACAAAGUACUAGAAGAAGGAAAAGGAGACCUGAUAGUUGUUUAUCGACCGUCUGAAUAUCGUAAUCCUGCGAACUACCAACCAUGUUCAAACUGUUUAGGGUACUUUUCUAAGUGCGAAAUGUGGAAGCACAAUUGUAAACUGGACAGCAGCCAAAAUUCCAGAAACAAUGAAAAAAAAGCCUCACACGUCAAACAAGGAAAACUACUUCUACCACCUCCAAAGAGUGUUGAAGCUGGGACUAUAGUCCAUGAAUUGAUAAGUAAUAUGCGUAGUGAUCACAUAACCCAAUGUAUCAAGGGUGACAACCUUAUAUUGUGCUUGGCAAAACGGCUUUGCUUUAAGUUAGGGCACGACAAGGAGCAGUUUAACUAUUUACGUGCCAAACUUCGAGAGGUAGCACACUUUGUACUAGAAUUUAGGAACAUGACACAGAAAAAUGUUAACCUUACUGAUAUUAUUAACCCAUUGUACUCUAAGGAGGUUGUUCAGGCUGUGCGAAAUAGGAUUUAAUGAAGUAACACAUCUCUAUACAACCCCAAGUCUGGCAUUAAAACUCGGUCAUUCAUUGAAAAAAGCUUCAAUGAUUGUUGUGAACCAUGCGCUAAUAAAUGGAGAUGAAAGGAAA